AGGUUAAAGGUUACAGACAAAAUGGCUGAUUACAAGGCUGGCGGGAUCAUUCUGUUGUGAGAUGUCUAGGUAGAAGGAUAGCAGCAAAACUUUAUUAGCUAGUAUUGUGUAAACAAUUUUCAUUAGAUUUAAUUUAAAAGAUGCAUGGAUAAACUGGUUGUUUUGGUGCCGCGCAAAAACAAAAAGUGUAAUUAAGACGCAUUUGUUAGCAAUGUCGGAACACGGAACCGACGAGCUGCAACAGUUCCCAGUAGCCUACCUAACAAGAAAUACUGUAUAUUAUUAACAGAGAUAUAGUAUGUUAAUUUUAACAAUUCCAUCGCGUAUUUUGUCUUAAAAACAACGAGUCAACUUUAGUUUAUAUCGCAAUGCGAAGGAGAUCAGGGGUAGUUGAAAGUAUUUAAAGAGUGAAUUGUGAAGGUAAUAGCUCAUUCAUUGACAUCCCAAGGCUACUAUAUUCGUACACUCCAAAACGUCAUUGAGACACUGAGCAGAAUGAACAGGAAGAAAGGAGACAAGGGGUUUGAAAGCCCGCGACCAUACAAAUUAACUCACCAGGUGGUCUGCAUCAACAACAUAAACUUUCAACGAAAAUCAGUCAUUGGACAUGUGGAACUGACAAUAUUCCCAACUGUAACCAACUUAAACAGAAUCAAACUCAACAGCAAGCAAUGCAGAAUUUACAGGGUCCGAGUUAAUGACCUUGAAGCACCUUUCAUUUAUAAUGACCCAACCUUAGAGGUCUGUCACCAUGAAUCAAAGCAGAGAAAUCUGAAUUACUUUUCUAAUGCCUAUGCGGCUGCAGUCAGCGCUGUGGACCCAGACAGUGGAAAUGGAGAGCUCUGCAUCAAGGUGCCAUCCGAACUGUGGAAGCAGGGAGAUGAAUUGAAGGUGCUGAAGGUAUACAUUGAGUUUUCCCUGGACCAGCCAAAAGGAGGACUUCACUUUGUUGUGCCUGAUGUGGAAGGCAGCAUGGCAGAGAGAGGAGCCCAUGUUUUCUCAUGUGGAUACCAAAAUGCAACAAGGUUCUGGUUUCCCUGUGUGGACUCUUAUUCAGAGCUUUGCACAUGGAAGUUGGAGUUCACAGUUGAUGCAGCAAUGGUAGCAGUUUCCUGUGGAGAUCUGGUUGAGACAGUCUACACCCAUGACAUGAGGAAGAAAACUUACCACUACAUGCUGCCUAUUCCAACUGCAGCUCCCAACAUAUCGCUUGCUGUUGGGCCAUUUGAGAUUCUUGUGGACCCAUACAUGCAUGAGGUUACACACUUCUGUUUGCCUCAGCUCCUUCCAUUACUCAAACACUCAAUGUCCUACCUUCAUGAGAUCUUUGAAUUCUUUGAGGAGAUCCUUACCUGUCGAUACCCAUAUUCCUGCUUUAAGACGGUGUUUGUGGAUGAAACCUAUGUACAAGUAUCAUCGUAUGCAUCCAUGAGUAUUUUCAGUACAAAUCUUCUGCACAGUGCCAUGAUUAUAGAUCAGACCCCCCUGACCAGACGGUGUUUAGCUGAAGCCCUGGCACAGCAGUUCUUUGGCUGCUUUAUAUCCCGAAUGUCCUGGGCUGAUGAAUGGGUUCUGAAAGGGAUAUCUGGAUACAUUUAUGGACUGUAUUUGAAAAAGACAUUUGGAGUAAAUGAGUAUAGACACUGGAUCAAAGAGGAAUUGGACAAAAUAGUGGACUAUGAGUUGAAGACGGGAGGGGUUUUACUCCACCCAAUAUUUGCUGGAGGCAAGGAAAAGGACAACCCCAUGCCAAACCUUCAUUUUUCAAUAAAACACCCCCACACACUGUGCUGGGAAUACUACAAGAUGUUCCAGUGUAAAGCCCACCUUGUGAUGAGACUGAUAGAAAACAGAAUCAGCAUGGAGUUCAUGCUACAGGUGUUUAACAAACUUUUGAGUCUGGCGAGCACAGCAUCGUCUCAGAAGUACCAGUCUCACAUGUGGAGUCAGAUGCUUGUGUCAACAUCUGGGUUCCUGAAAUCGAUCUCCAAUGUCUCUGGGAAGGACAUCGGUCCCUUAAUUAAACAAUGGGUAGACCAGAACUCAGUGGUAAAGUUCUUUGGCAGCUUUGCCUUCAACAGGAAAAGAAAUGUCCUGGAAUUAGAAAUAAAACAGGAUUACACCUCGCCAGGCACCCAGAAAUAUGUGGGUCCCAUCAAAGUGACAGUGCAGGAGCUGGACGGAUCAUUCAACCAUACAUUACAGAUUGAAGAAAACAGCCUCAAACAUGAUAUCCCAUGCCACUCAAAGAGCAGACGAAAUAAGAAAAAGAAAAUCCCACUGAUGAAUGGAGAAGAAGUGGACAUGGAUCUGUCCGCAAUGGAUGCUGAUUCCCCUUUGUUGUGGAUAAGGAUUGACCCAGACAUGUCAAUAUUAAGGAAAGUAGAGUUUGAACAGGCAGACUUCAUGUGGCAGUACCAGUUACGCUACGAGAGAGAUGUAGUGGCACAGGAAGAAUCCAUAGCUGCUCUGGAGAAAUUCCCUACACCAGCAUCUCGUUUGGCGCUCACAGACAUUCUUGAACAGGAGCAGUGCUUCUACAAGGUCAGAAUGGAGGCAUGCUUCUGCCUUGCCAAGAUUGCAAACUCAAUGGUGAGCACAUGGACAGGCCCACCAGCUAUGAAGUCACUCUUCACUCGGAUGUUUUGUUGCAAGAGUUGCCCGAACAUUGUUAAGACCAACAACUUUAUGACCUUUCAAAGCUACUUUCUGCAAAAGACUAUGCCAGUGGCUAUGGCCUUGCUUCGAGAUGUGCACAACCUCUGCCCAAAGGAUGUGUUGAACUUUAUUUUAGAUCUAAUCAAAUAUAAUGACAACAGGAAGAACAAGUUUUCUGAUAAUUACUAUCGUGCUGAACUGAUUGAUGCCCUUGCCAAUUCCGUGACACCUGCAGUCAGUAUAAACAACGAAGUGCGCACUUUGGACAAUUUAAAUGCUGACAUCCGGCUUAUUCUAGAGGAGAUUACCAGGUUUUUAAACAUGGAGAAGCUGCUGCCAAGCUACAGGAACACCAUCACUGUUAGUUGCCUGAGAGCUAUCCGCAUUUUGCAGAAGAAUGGCCACAUUCCCAGUGAUCCAUCUCUUUUUAAAUCCUAUGCUGAGUAUGGCCACUUUGUGGAUGUUCGUCUUGCUGCCUUGGAAGCAGUUGUUGAUUACACACAAGUUGACAGGAGUUCUGAGGAACUUCAGUGGUUGCUUAAUAUGGUGCAGAAUGAUCCUGUACAUUACAUCAGACAUAAGAUCUUGAGCAUGCUGGCAAAAAAUCCACCGUUUACGAAGACGUCCGAGUCUUCUCUUUGCAACGAGACCCUUGUUGACCAGCUAUGGAAACUGAUGAAUUCAGGUACCUCCCAUGAUUGGAAACUUCGCUGUGAUGCUGUCAAUCUGUAUUACACUCUAUUUGGCCUCAGUAGACCAUCAUGCCUGCCUUUGCCUGAGCUUGGGCUAGUCCUCAAUCUUAAGGAAAAGAAAGCAGUGCUUAAUCCUACCAUCAAAACUGAACCAGGAGCCAGCAAUGGAGAGUUGACAAACAAUCCAAAUACACAUGGACAUGUGAUAUGCUUUCCAAACAGUGAAGAUGAGCAACUCGCCAGUGAUUUGCCAUGCAGUGUGCCAGUCCCACCACAGGGAAUGAAGAGAAAAGCAGAGACCCCACUAGGAUCCCCGCUGGAACCUGGUCAGAUACUGGAGAAGGAAGAGGACAGCAGUAAAGUCAAAUUAAAAAUCAGAUUCUCAAAUUCUCAAGAGGAGGAAGAUAUUGAUAUGGACACGGUUCAUGACAGUCAAGCUUUUAUCUAUCAUCAUCUAAACAUGCUUGAAAGGCCAUCAACGCCAGGAAAAGAACCCCCAUCCACGGAGCCCACUAUACUGUCCAUGCCAGCAACUCCACUCUCUGCAUUCAGUAAAGAAACAAACUCAUCCUCGAAACACAGCGACCACCAUCACCAUCACCACCACCACCAUGAACACAAGAAGAAGAAGAAGAAGCACAAACACAAGCACAAGCACAAACACAAGCACGAGAGCAAGGAUAAGGAGAAAGACAAAGAAAAGGAAAAAGACAGAGACAUCCUGGCUUUUACCAACAGCCCGGCCAGUGGACGUUCAGUUCAUUCACCCUCUCUUUCAGAUUGAAGGGAGCCCCCCACUAUGAAACAGAAAGGCUACACAGCAUGCUAGACAGCCAGCAAAAACUUUACCUAACCUGACUUUGCCCUGGCAGAAGGUAUGGUUAACCAAGAGAUUAUCCACAGAGAAUGGUAAAAGUGCAGAAGUGGCUCCUAAAGCAUGUCACUCCUUCCAGAUGUUCUGACCACAAUCUGUUUUGCAGAUGGAUGUGCUCUCCUUGGUGCAAUAAAAAACACUGCUGUGUUUCCUUCUGCUUUUAUUUUAUUUAUUUUAUCAUGUAAGAUGGUCUCCUCUAACAGGUCCACAAGGUUACUGGCACCCUGCUGCGCAUCAUGUUCCCCACGUGGCCUGGCAGGCUCAAUUAAGUUUUAUUGCAGCUGAUAAAUGGUAAUGCUUGGCAAACCGUUUUACAAGGAAGCUUUUGCCAUAGGUAGAUAAAAUCUAUCCAUUUUUCAGUCAACAAAAGUGUGAAUCUCCUUCAUAUAGGGAUCUAUGUAAUCACCAAUAAAUUACCGUACCAGUCAAAUAUAAAGGUAUUUUAUUUAUUUGUUUUUAGCAAUAUUUUUUUUUUUUUUUAAUAAACUGUAAAUCAAACAUUGUGAUAGUUUGUGCUGAAGAGCAGGCCAAGCAUACGGUUGGUUUAUAUUUAAAUCUUGUUCAUUUGGGAAAUGUAUUAAUGGACCUGUAUUUAACUGGAAAACAUGAAUCGGAUAACAUAGCCUAAACUGUACAACAUACUGCUACUGGUAUUAUCUGCAUACCAUAAAUUAUCUUUGCUUUAGACCAUACAAUUACCAGCUAGAAACAAAAACAACUUUAUAAUAAUAGUACUGGCAUUUGUUCAUUUUCUUUCUUCCCUUGUUUAAUAUCAGAUACAAAACAAAUGCUAGAAUCCCAACAUAGCAUUGACUGUAUAGCCAUAUUAAUUUUUUUAUACAUUUUUCUACUAUUUUGUAGCUCGCCAGUGUAUUAGUUUAUUACCAACAUACACUUAUUUGUUUUGUUUUGAUUCAGAUAUUUUGUCUAUAUCUAACUUUUCAGUAGGAUGCAAUGUUUUAAUUAUUGUCUUGUACUUUUAGGCUGUUCAUAGACUUGUUGUGUUUUGUAUAACCAUUUUUGUUUUUAACACUGCUUUUUUUUAUUCAUUCCACAUUCUAAACACAUCUAAACUGUUUGAAAGAAUCCUGUCAUGAUAAUAAAAGGCAAACCUUUUUGUUUUUUUGUAACCAUGUAUAUAACUUUUAGUAUCCAUAUUAGUCUAAAUAGCUGCUAAUCAAGCAUUUGGUAAUAUUUUAGAAUGGUGCAUUCUGUAUAGCAUUGUAAUGUGCACAGAAAACUCUCAGUAGCUUAUCAGAAUCUCACAGUUCUGUUGGAAUGAGGUAAAAAUACUUCAGUACUCUGAAGGUGGCACAGCUGAAAUGUUAACUUAUUACCAUACAAUACCAUAGAUUCUUGAUGUGUUUUAGUCAUGGGUGAUAUAUUAGAAUCAGAGUAAGUUAGAUACUGAAUUUAUAUUUCAGUAACGCAGAAUAAAUACAGGAAUACAGAGAAAAUGAAGUGGGUAGUGCCCCAUUUCUUUAAAAUACAUUUACAUAUAGAUUUUACAUGUACAGUAAGUACUGUAAAACAGGAUUAUUUUGCGAAACUUAAUUUUUCUAAUGGCCUUCUAGGUCAAUUUUUGCUGCAAUAAAUGCGCUUUUUCUUUUAAUAUAUGUCACAUGUAUGAAUAAUAUUUCAC